AUGAACAGGCGCACGAACAGGACGGCACUUGGCAGCACGCUCAUGUACAAAAGGAGGACGCAAGCUCCGCACCGAGAAUGGCUCGAGAAUACACAGAAACAUCGAAACCGUGAUGAGACACGACAGAGUAUUGACUACAUAAAUGACCACCUCAAGGCUAUCGAGAUUGCCGCGAAGUUCUUUGAUCUCGCGUCAACACAUCCUGUUUUGAAGGACGAGAAGACACAGUUGUACAAAGUAAAGGUUGCUCUUGACGAGCUUAAGAAAGAUGAAAAGGAGAGGGCGAGACAGAGACUGAAGAAACUAAACGACAAUGAUACCCCAGAAUGUGUCAUGAAACGGCAGCACACGCGACACGCCGUAUUUCCAGCCAGGAGACAGUUCAAGAAAAUCAAAAGUGCAUUUCUGGAGGAACUGGACGGACACGUCGAAGAAUGGAAUGCUCUUAUCAGAGAGUACAAGGACAAGGGGAGUAUGCCGUUGACUCUCCCAGGUAUGGAAGAAGUCGGUAACAACCCUCUAAAGUCGUUCCAUACGACUAUAAAGACCAUUCUGGAUCAUGAUAACUCAGGUCAAUAUCAGCAAAUAAUGGAUAUCUGCCACAGAGUAUAUCAUGCAUUAGAUGAACUCAAGAAAAUUACGCCCUUUAAAAAUGUGCAUCACUUUCCAAUGAAGGUCCUAGAUGAUAAAAGAGAGUCGCAGAACAGGGGGCCGCAGAACACUGAGCACGGGGGAUCACAUAACACUGAGAACAGAGGAUCAGGGAACACUAUACAUUCGAUAUCGACAUCGGAAUACGAAGAGGACUCCGAUGACGAGGGUUUGGGACUAGCUGUGGAAUUUGACAGGCUACGUGUUUCAAGAAACGACUACGGAAUUUUCGAUAAAGCACGAAACGAUUUGAAGCAAUCGUACCUCAACAUAAAGAAAGUUGAAGUAAAUGCUACAGCACCGAAAAGGCCAAUACUACAGCGAAUUCCGAAGAAUAUGAAUGACUUCCGCAACUUUAAAUUUGGCAAUCUCUUCCAGGGAUAG